UGGAUGUAUUAUUUAGCUUUUACUUGGUAAACAACGGUAACUUCAACGGGCAGUGGUAGAUCACCCAGCUAGCUAUGUAUAGUACAAUACUUUUAGUAGAACUUCAGAAUUCAGAAGUGUUACCAACUAACGUUAAUAUACUUUGCAAAAAUGGAUAAAGUAUUAAUAGUAGCUAGCUACAUGCAACAGAAUGCCUCGGCUAGUCAUAUUUACCAAUAAUGCAUUUACCGUAGCAUUUCAAUGGUUAGCUACCUAGUCGAGAUGGAACGGAGUUUAGCUAGCUAGCUAGCUAACUGCUUGAUGUAGGCGACCGUUUGGUUGUUAAAUCAACGAUGGAUCAUAUCUUGUGUAUAUGUUUUAUCAUACGAUAAUGUUUUGUAUGUAAAAAAUAAAUCGAGAUACUUUUAAGUAAAAAGCACAAUUCAAAUAAAAAUAUAUUGGAUAUUGGAGUAACGUUAGAUGUAUCAUAAAGCUAACUAGCUAAGUAAAGUAGAAGUAGCUAUCUCAACGUGCGUAAAUAUAGUUCAUUACUUCCAUUAUUGACAACUAGCUAGCUAGCCAAUAAACCGGAACAAUUUGAAUUAAUACCUCUCAACGUCCUCUAUUUCAAACAUUAGCUAGUUAGCUAGCAUGUCAAACACAAACGUUUCAAACUGGCACCGGAGUUAUUUGGUUAUUUCUGCUGCGCAUCCCCACUGUUAUUUACGGUAACGUAGCGUUAUUACUGGUUCCGUCACCCUGAAGUAUCUAGCUAAAACGCUUUACGACUGUGUUGACAACUGAGGCUUUUGUUUUCUCCAGCGGGUGUCUGCUGUUGGUAUAUUUUCCCAGUUACGUUUUAGUUUUCUACAAGAGUUGUUUUGUAAUGAGUGUAAAAUGAGUGUUUUUGACUUAUUUCGCGGGAUUUUCGGAGUACCUGGAGGUCAUCAUCGUGGACGAAGGGACCCUUUCUUCGAUGCUAUGACUCAUGAUGAUGACGACGAUGAUGAAGAAGAUGGAUUUUACUAUGAUGGGUUCCGGGGCGACCAGCAGGACCCCUUUGACAGUGCCUGGAGGUUUGGCUUCAGCGUUGGCCCCGAUGGGAUGAGGAUCCAGGAGCCUCCAGUGUUUGGCCACAUCCUCAGGGAGAUGGAGGAUAUAUUCUCCCAGCUGGGCCACUGGGACAGACCGCCAUAUUCUGGACACUUUGGUGUUCCCAGUAUCAUGCCGCAGCCACCUCAGGAACGAGCAGAGAGGAGUGGAGGGGGAUCCGGUGGGAACCCCCUGAGAGACUUUAUGCUCAAAUCCCCGGACAACAACCCACAAGCACCCCAAGCAGGGCCAUCUCGAGAGCCCAGAAAUAAUGGCCACCCUUCUUAUGAGUCACCAGAAUUUCCCAGCUUGCCAUUCCAUGGCUGGACCCCUUUCUCAAAGUUUAAUGAUAUUUGGAAAAGAGGGCCAUCGAAAGCUCCAGAUGACGAAUGCAAAGAAGACAGAGAUCUGGACUCUGCAGUGUCCUCUGGGGGCCUGGAUCAGUUUCUAGCACCACCUGCUGGUCAGGCUCCGAACCAACCCAGGACCCGCUCGUUCUUCCAAUCGGUCAUCGUCACCAAGGUGGUGAAACCUGAUGGGACUGUAGAAGAGAGGCGAACAGUUCGAGACAGCCAAGGUAAGGAAGAGACCACCGUGACCAACUCAGGAGGUCCUGGUAGGCUGGAGGGACCAGACCGUCAAACUGGACCUGUCAUAUCAGGUGGUCAAAAUCCAUUUUCGGACAUGCGGGAUGAUGACUCCUUAUUCUCAAAGUUCUUUGGGGGGUUUAAAUAAAUCAUAAAGUGGAGUAUUGUAUAUUCUCUGGGCAGGUUGACCAUAGUUUUUGUUCCCUGAAAACAUUUCAGUCUGAGUGUUCAUCUAGAGCUUUAAGUUUGCAUAUACUGUAUAUAGGAUAUAUGGUCAGAACAAUUGCAUGACCCUACAAUUGCCAAAAUAAAUGUGUUGGAUUAGAGUCUUUGGCCUGUCUAAGGACACACCAGGAUUUCCAACUGACCACGUAGACUAGAAGCUGCCAAUCCCGAAGACUAUUGAUUUUGACAAAUCGAGACACAUCAGGUAAUAAACAAUUCACAAUUAGA